AUGGGGCAACAGACGCUGAUCUACAGCUUUGUGGCCCGGGGAACGGUGAUCCUCGCGGAGUACACGGAGUUCACCGGCAAUUUCACCAGCGUUGCCGCCCAAUGCCUCCAAAAACUACCCGCUUCCAACAAUAGGUUCACCUACAAUUGCGAUGGUCACACCUUCAAUUACCUCGCCGAUAACGGUUUCACCUACUGUGUUGUUGCAACCGAGGCUGCUGGAAGGCAACUUCCCAUUGGCUUCUUAGAUCGAAUAAAAGAUGAUUUUAGCAAGAAAUAUGCUGGUGGAAAAGCAAAAACAGCAAAAGCCAAUGGUCUUAAUAAAGAAUAUGGAUCAAAAUUAAAAGAGCACAUGAGGUACUGUGUUGCGCAUCCAGAAGAAAUAAACAAGCUUGCUAAGGUGAAGGCUCAGGUUAAUGAAGUAAAGGGAGUCAUGAUGGAAAACAUUGAGAAGGUUCUUGACCGUGGUGAUAAGAUUGAGCUUCUGGUUGAUAAAACAGAGAAUCUUCGUUCCCAGGCUCAGGAUUUCAAGAAACAGGGAACCAAGAUAAAGCAGAAGAUGUGGUAUGAAAACGCAAAGAUAAAACUGGUUGUAGCCGGUAUCAUUGCACUUCUGAUUCUUAUCAUCUUCUUGGCAAUCUGCCCUCAUUUCGAAUGUUGAUUGCUAUGGAUGCCGGUUGCCUCGUGCUGUCGUGGUUGAUAUGUGACCAUAUCGAUACAUGAUCGACGCCUUUUCAUCCUGACAUUCCAAUUGACAAUAUGAACACGGAGCCUUCUUCAGCGAAAUUUUCACAUAGGUGGACGGGAUGUACUUGUAUUUUGGAGUUGAAUUGGUGUAUAGUUGUAUAGCUUUCAGCUUUCUGCUUUACUAGGCAUUAUUCACAGUAAGUAUUUGUCUCUGUACAUGGCGCUUUACUGUCUUUGUACUGUAAAAUAAGUUUUGUAGCAUAUAAUGCCAACCCAGUUAUGGUCUUAUACUCUA